GCUGAGCUGUCAGAUUUGUCUGAGAAUUGGACGCCCGAGCAACACUCACGAUGCUGCCCACUUGGUUAACAGAGGAAUAUAUUCAGGGCCAUCUGCGAGCCUACUGCAAGGAUGAACAGCUGCGAGUCCUGAAGCUGUGGGCCAAGCCAGCAACGGAGAAGGGCGGCAACUAUGUGGGCGUUAUGACUCGCAUCUACGUGGACUACGAGGACGGGAGUGGAGCGUUGCAAAAGAAAUCUUACAUCCUGAAGCAAGCCUGCCCAGAAGACGCUUCCCAGUCGAAAGUAUUCCAGGAGUACGACGUGUACAAUCGGGAGAUGGACAUGUACGAGCUGGUGAUGCCCAAGAUGGCCGAGCUGCUGCGGGAGAUUGGCUUCACCGAGAAGCUAACUGCAGAGGCUGUUGUCGUGGAUCGGGAGCGCACCAUCAUGAUACUCGAGGAUCUGGCUACACUCCGAUACGUGAAUGCGGAUCGUGUGAAGCAAUUGGAUCUGGCUCACACCAAGAUGACGAUAGAGCUGCUCGCGAGGUUCCAUGCCGCCGCUUUGGUCCUCAAUCAGCGUUAUCCUGAGCUCCUGCGAAACAAUUACUCAUCGCACUUUUUCUCGCGUGGCAAGAAAGGCUACGAGGAGAUUUUCACAGGCUUGUUCAAGGCUUUUAUUAGGUAUGUGAACACUCAGCCGAGCCUCAAGGAGCGUUACAGCGAUAAGCUGGAGCACAUUGUGCCUCAUCUGAUGGAGUACGCAGCUCGUUCUGUGGAUGUGGGAGAAAAGGACUUCCAGACACUCAUCCAUGGCGACUGUUGGACGACGAAUGUCAUGUACCAGUACGACGACGAGGGAAAUCCCGUCACAGUUCUACCCAUUGACUUUCAGUUUAGCACUUGGACAUCGCCGGUUGUCGAUUUGCUUUAUCUAUUUAGCACUUCUCUCAGGGAAGAAGUCAGAGAGAAGGAAAUCGAACUGGUUCAGUACCAUUACUAUGAACUGAAGAAGAACUUUGAGAAGUUUUCCUACAAGGGUGUCGUGCCCAGUUUGCACGAGUAUCAGCUGCAGUUCGAGCGCCGCAGAUUCAUGACUGUCAUAAUUGCCAACCUAUUCCAACCCAUUAUGGUCUACGAGGGCACAGAGGAGCCCGAGUUUUUGAAUCUCUAUCAGAAUACUCCAGCGGGAAUUCGUUUCCAGGACUCAAUGUAUGCCUGCGAAAAAGUCAAAAGAAUUGUGGAAAAUAUUCUACCAGUGCUGGAUGCCAAGGGCCUGUUGGAUCCUCAAUGAAGUUUAGGCUAGGAUUAUUUUUAAUUUUGUUGUACAAAGAAAACUAUAAGCGUGGCAAAUGUCA